AAGUGGGGUUAUGUUAUUUAUCACAAAUUUGACAAAUUGUUUUUACAAACAUCGCUGUGGCAAAACGUCCAUAACAUUCAUAACCUUUGACAAUGAAGGGUAUUAUUGAAUGUUGAUCGAGUAAUUUUUCAAUCAUGAUUAUUUAGAAUGGAAGAAGAUAAUGAAAAGUCAUCGUUUUGGAAAAAAAAUAUUAAACCUGUAGCGGGAAGGCCAAGCCCUAGACGAGAAAGUAAAGACAUUAGGAAAACCCCGGGAUCCACUUCUUUCCAGGAUUUUCAGGCAUCUGUAAGUGAUGCUUGGGAUAUGGAUGAUGAUGAGUUCUGUAUUUUGUCAGGACUUGAAAGUACCAAGAUAUCUAAAAAAGUUGCACAGUCUGCUGCCUUAAAUGUUCUUAAUACUCAUCGAAAUUCUUCAGAAUGUGAAGCAUCUUCUGAAAGAAAACUACCAAAAAAAUCCAACAUUCUUGAAUCAGAAUCACAUAAAAUUAAUCGAAUACCAGGUAGACCUAAGCAAAUAUUAUGUUUUCACUCUGAACAAGAAGGAAUUGAAAGUAAAUUAGAGCGAUUUGAGACUCUACUACAGGGUUCACCUAAUUUACAAGAGUUAUGCAAAUUGAGUUGGUCUGGUAUACCUGUCAAAGUGAGAGGUAUUACCUGGAGAUUACUCUCUGGGUAUUUACCAAUGAAUGUGGAAAGGCGUAGUGAAAUGUUGGAAAGAAAACGACACGACUAUUGGGCCUUAGUAGAAAAGUAUUAUUAUACCGAACAUGAUGAAACGAAUCGUGAUAUUCAGCACCAAAUUAAUAUUGAUGUGCCAAGAAUGAAUCCUUCAGUACCUCUAUUCCAACAAAAAACGGUCCAGGAUAUGUUUGAACGAAUAUUGUUCAUAUGGUCUAUUCGCCACCCAGCAUCAGGUUAUGUUCAGGGAAUAAAUGAUUUGGUAACACCGUUUUAUGUGGUGUUUCUACAAGAGUUUAUAAAAAAUGAGGAACCAUUCGAAAAGUUUAACAUUGACGACUUGGCUCAAGAACAGCAAAGAAUAAUAGAAGCUGAUUCAUUUUGGUGCUUAUCGAAAUUUUUAGAUAGCAUACAAGACAAUUAUGUGUUCGCGCAAAUAGGCAUACAGAAAAAAGUAUUGCAGCUGGAAGAGUUGAUAAAACGAGUGGAUGAAAGUUUACACAAACACUUGAAACAGCACAACGUGAGCUACCUUCAGUUUUCUUUUCGCUGGCUGAACAAUCUGCUUACAAGGGAACUACCCCUGAGGUGCAGCAUAAGGCUUUGGGACACGUACUUGGCCGAAAAUGAUUGCUUCGCCACCUUUCAGCUUUAUGUGUGUGCCGCUUUUCUCCUUCAUUGGAAAGAGGACUUGAUGCAACAACGUGACUUCCAAGGGCUUCUUUUACUACUACAAAAUCUUCCAACUCAAUCGUGGACCAGUUCUCAAAUAGGUGUGAUGGUUGCUGAAGCUUAUAAACUGAAAGUUAUGUUUGCUGAUGCGCCAAAUCAUUUGUUAAGUAAUAACUGCGGUGAUAGUUGAGUGAAUUAGAAUUUUAUUGAUAUUAUAUUGUGUCCAAUGUUAUAUUUUUUGUAUCAGGCAAUUUAAUUAUAUUGUUAAAAUAUUAA